UUCCGUGUUUGUAUCCCUCCAACGCCGUCUUCAAAACCAUGUAUAAAACAACCUUAAAUUCUCCCUCUUUUUCAACAAGAUUUCUAAUUUCUGAUAAAAUUCUUCAAAUCAAAUGGUUGUAAAGAUGAAAAAAUGGUCUCCGUGGCAGCAUCAGCCGCCGGUAGUCACGGGAUCCAAGAAGUUUCGAGUGAAGGUGGAGAGGAUAAAGCUAGAAGGAUUCGAACAUGGAGGCGGAGGCGGAGAGAAGGUUAUGGGAGUGGAAUUGAGGUGGAAAGGGGAACGAAAACAUGGUUUAGCGGCGGUCGGGUUUCAUCGGCGGCGGCCGGGAGAGCGGUGGUGCAAGGAGAGGAUUGUGAGGAAAGGAGAGGUUAUCGUGUGGGAAGAGGAGGAUGAUUUGGAGAAUAUUUGCUGGUUUUCAACGGUGGCAUCAAAUGCUUUUGAUUUAAAUCAACACAAAUUUGCACCAUGGAUUGUAACUUUCAAAUUCACCUAUGGAGAAUACAACAAAGGAAAAACGGCGGUGAUCGGAAAAGUUUCACUGGAUUUGGCUGAAUUAGCUUCGAGAAUUGAUUCUCCAGUGAUCGAAAAGAAGCUUCCCGUUGAUCUCGAGGUCGCCGGAUUCACGACGCAAGCUACAAUCUCGGUUUUGCUGAGUUUUGUCGAAAUCAAUGACUCGGUCCAACUCGCUCACGAGGCAACUCAAUCCGAGGAUGUCGUAGAAGUUGCAAAAGCCGAGAAGAACCAGUCGAGUCUCGAGGAGGUGUUGUUUUCGGACUCGGAUAACUCGGUCACAUUCGACUCGGAGGGGACAUCCGAGUCACGAGACGUGACUCCGCCACGGUCUAUGAUUGCCGUUCCGCCGGAGCUGGACAAAAAGGCUAAUUUCUUUAACUGGAAGAGGCAACGACUGAACAAUCGGCGGGAAAAAUCGAAAGUCGAAGAUUCCGGCGAGUCAAUCGUCUCCGGUUCAGAGCAAAUAAAUUUAAUCCAAAAUUCAUUUCCUAACACAUGGGAUGCAAGAAACUUCGUUAGUCGAGAUGGAGAAUCAAAGCUCAACACACAGUCAUUCUUCGCCUCCUUUGAUCAACGAAGUGACAAAGCCGCCGGACCAAGCGCCUGCACCGCCUUGGUAACAGUUAUCGCCCAUUGGCUCGAAUCAAACGCCGCCACCACCACCAUGCCAACUGUCCAACAAUUCGACUCUCUCAUCAUCUCCGGCUCCUCCGAGUGGAGAAGCCUCUGUGAAAAAGAAACCCACGUGGCAGAAUUCCCAGACAAACAUUUCGACCUCGAAACCGUUUUACAUGCCGGAAUCCGGCCAUUAUCAGUUUCUCGAGGGAAAUCAUUCGUGGGGUUUUUUAGCCCGGAGAAAUUCGAUUCAUUGACAGGAGUGAUGUCGUUUGAUGAGAUAUGGGAUAACGAGAUUAGUCGAAGCCCUGGGGUUUAUAUCGUGAGUUGGAACGAUCAUUUCUUUGUGUUGAAAGGGGAUGAAGAUGGUUACUAUAUUAUUGAUACUUUGGGUGAACGGCUUGUUGAAGGGUGUGAUCAAGCUUAUAUCUUGAGGUUUGACCAUGGCUCCUAUUUGACUGAAAGUGGAAGCAACGAGGUGAUUUGCAGAGGGAAAGAGUGUUGUAAAGAGUUCAUCAAGAGGUUUUUAGCAGCCAUACCACUAAAAGAGCUUGAAAUGGAGGAGAAAAAAGAGGCUGUCCCUUACUACUCGUUGCACCACCGUCUGCAGAUCGAGUUCAACUUCUGUAGUACGGUGUAACCACCACCUUGGUGCGGUUUCCGACCACCAAUGCGGUGGUGGACUUGUAUAUUUGUGUAUAUAAACUAAAUUCAUGGUGAUAUAGACUGAAUUUAUGGAUA